AUGCCAAUUCUGAAACACCGAGGCCUUGCAGAUCUUACAGCUGCUCCUCGACCACAAGACCUACGGUCAGCAGAGUCAAAUUCUUGUCAAAGGGUUCCUUUUCUUUCUCCGGCAGCAUGCCGCUUUUGGGAACGCCACGUGCGUUUGACAGAAGACGUGACAGGUGCUGCGGCCUUUGCUUGCAGCAGCGCGGUGUGGGAGACUUCCCUGGCUUUGUUGGCUGGUGUCAUGGUGCGACGGAUGGAAGUGGGUAUUGAGAUGAGAAAUGCAGCCUUCAUGGGUUGUGCUGCCUUGGCCAUGUGGCAGCAUGCCAUCGCUGGCCUUUCAGAGCCCAGUGUGGUGAGCUUCAACCUCCUGCUCAAUGCGUGUGAGGGGGCAGCGCAGUGGAAGCUGGCCAUUGAGAUCAUGUGCAUGAUGUCACUGACCCGGCUCAGACCGAGCGCCGCAAGUCAUCGAGCUCUUUGUGAAAGCUGCCGUGGCCAUUGGCAGCAUGCUUUGACCACACAUCAUGCGCCGGUGUGGGCGCACGAGAAAGGUGGACAGCACCGCGUCGUGGCACAGAUGCUGGAAGACAUUCAGGAGGAUGCGGUGAAUUGGCAAGAACGAACGGCAUUGAUUCUGAACUUCAUCGAAUUUCGAUCUUUCGUCCAUUUCAUGUCACCCGUUGGACCGGGCGACGCAAACGCGGCCAGUAGCUUCUGGGUUCAAAUCAGAAGCGACGCGCAGAUCGCUAUCGCUGGGGAAGAGGCUUCGAGGCUUCGUUGGAUGAGCUUUUUGCACGUCUCCUCGGCGCUGACGGGUGAGUUGAUUCUUCGAAGUCCUCUACCCGAGGACGCGGAUUGGCAGUAUAUCAAGGAAGAAAUCCGUGCGGCCACGGGCGUGGCGCACUUCUGUCAGCAACUCCUCUUCCAGGAGCAGAUCUUAGAUGGAAGCACCUGGCUUCGCUUGGGUCGCCCCACUCAGCUCCAGGUGGCCUUCCAAUCCCCCAGCGACCAGGCUUCGCAGCUGCUCCGGGCGGCCUCCGCGGGCGCCGCCGCGGACGUGGCGGCGCUGCUGCGGAGGUUCCAAGAUCCCAACGCGGCCGAUGAGUCCGGCGACACGACGCUGGUGAAGGCCAGUGAAGGAGGACAUGUGGAAGUCGUGCAGCUCCUUUUAGAUGCCGCUGCCCUGCCGGGCAGCGCUCCCAGUGGCGCUGUGCCACUGUUGCUGGCCGCAUCUCAAGGUCACCGUGAAGUGGUGCAGUGCCUGUUGUGGGCAGAGGCGGAUCCUGAGGCGCGAGAUGAUGUGGGAAGCACUGGUCUUUGCUUAGCCGCGGAGGGUGGCUUCGUGGAGGUGGCCCGGACUUUACUGGUGAGAGCUGAUGUGGAUGGGACGAAUCGGAAUGGGGAACGUCCCCUGAUGAUCGCAGCGCAGCGGGGAUUUUUUACCUUUAUGAACUUGAUGCUUCGAGCGGGCGCCGACAAAGAUGCGGUGAACUUGGAAGGUCAAACGGCUCUCAUGGCGGCUUGUGCACGUGGAGAUGUGAGGGGCGUGCGUUGCCUCUUGGACGCAUGCGCGCAGAUCAAUAAGGUGAACAAAGCCAAGCGCACGGGGCUGUACUUGGCUGCCGCGGCGGGCCAUCUGGAAGCUCUGAGGCUCUUACUUGAAAGACGCGCCGACCCGGACCUGCAGGACCAACAUGGCUGUACUCCUUUGUUCCUGUCAGCUCAGAUUGGUCAUUCGGGCGCCGUGCGAUCCUUGCUCGAAGCCAGGGCCAAUACAGAGUUCAAGAGCGAUGUAGGGCGAAGUGCCCUGACGACAGCCUCACAGUGUGGACAUGUCGCUGUAGUUCAUGAACUCCUCGAAGCACGGGCAGCCAUAGAGACCUUGGCCCUGCGCUAUGCGGUGACCCACGGCCACGAAGAGAUUGUGCAGUGCUUACUCCACGAGCUGCAGGCGCAAGGCGAUCUGAAGGCAGGUCUUCGCGAAGAGCUGGUGGCGCUGGCGGUGAAACUCCACCAGUCCCAGAUCGGAUUGUUACUUAUGGGUCCUGUAGAAACAGAAGAAGUUGGCACUCCGGAAAGCUCAGCCUGA